AUGCACAAGUACCAACCCCGGUUCCACCUGGUGAGAGCCAACGACAUCCUGAAGCUGCCCUAUUCCACCUUCAGGACGUACGUCUUCAAAGAGACGGAGUUCAUCGCAGUCACUGCCUACCAGAAUGAAAAGAUAACGCAAUUGAAGAUUGACAAUAAUCCUUUUGCGAAAGGAUUUAGAGACACGGGAGCUGGGAAAAGAGAAAAGAAUCUGUCGGUGUACCGCAGGCAGGCGUUGUUGACGGCGAGGUCUGACACGAGAGAUGACGACGACGAACGCCCCCUGGACGUAGGGGGCCCUUCGAGUCCACCUCCACCAGCGCCCACCACCCAGCACUCCACCAGCUCGUGGUUCACAUCGAGCGGAGGCGGUGCAGACUCCGGGCCCGAAGAAGCUGGAUCCGACUCCUCUUGCUCCGGGGGCCCCCGGGCGCAAUCCCCUCCUCCAGGACCUUCUAGACCCUCUCCAGCACCAGAUGUCUCUUUGGGUCCCCCAGUCCAACCGCCUCUCUUACCAUAUCUGUAUCCGCCAUCGUUAUAUCCGCCGCCAUUCUUCCCGCCGCAUCAAAUGCCUCCCGGGCUCCUCUUCAACCUUCAUCCCCUCUUGCAGCAGUAUUCUCUGCCGCCCCCUCCCGCGCCGCCGGCACCGGCCCCCGCCCCGUCGCUGAGCAAAACGCACAGGUUUGCGCCGUACGCUCUACCGGGCCUUGGAUCGGCCUUCGAACAAGUCGCUCCUAGAGCGAGGAGCUUGUCAUCGUCUCCAGCGCGGCCGCGAGUGGGGUCACCGCCGGCGAGGGCCGCCUCGGCUGACCCCCCGCCGGAUGCCCCCACCUCUACGACGACCCCGACGACGCCUCCCGCGUCUGACCUCAAGAGCAUCGAGCGGAUGGUGAACGGCCUCGACGUGGAAACUCAGGACUGA